UUUCAUGAGAAGCAUACAAACUCCUUUAAAUUUCACAUUGUGUUUUUAUCUAAUAAUUGAUCAUCUUACUCUCUUUGCAUGGAAAGUCAGCAUUCCAAGCAGCAGUAGUAGUAUUUCUGUGAAUCAACAUAAGCACGCGAGAUAUUAGCAUAUUCUAUCCAGUUACAUGAGACUUUAAACAUGUUCAUAUGCGAAUUAUGUUGACGGCCAUGAUGUUCAUACAGUUGGUACAUCAGAAUCAGAUAAUUGUUUGUUUCUUGGCUUAGGAUCGGAGGAAACAAAAAAUCAUCCUUGCAACUUAUUCUGAAGCCAAGCGUCACGCCGUGUUUGAGGUUAGCUCGGAGCGGGUUUGGUUACAUCACGUUCCCUCACAUAUAUCAAAUUUGCAGGUCAUCUCAUGAUAAAUGUGUUUAUUGACAACAACAGUGCUAUCUAGAUUGUCGCUAAUCUGACCUAUAAUAAUGUUCGCACGAAGAACAUCAGAAUGCACAUCCAUGAUACAUUCAAGACCUCGCUGAUCAAAUGACUAAUUAUAAUAGUAUGAAAACAUUUUUUUUUACCAAAUGCAAAUAAGAAAAACCACCUUCACGUGGUAAUAAAUGUUGCAAACUAAAUUUCUCAAACAAUCAAACAAACUCUUAAAAGAGAACCAACAUGCUUGAAUAUGUUGGACAAUGGAAACAAAAUAUAGAAAAAGAAAGUGAAUGACUGUUACUUGUUUGCAGAUGAACAUUGAUUGGUGCUGGCACCCAGGAAAGGCGGGGGGAUAUAGGUAAAAAAAAAAAAUGAGAGGGGUCGAAAGUCGAAACUGGAACUCUGAGUGACGAGAGAGCACUGCACUGGCAGCAGAAAAGGGAGAUCGACGAUGAAAGGUUUCGAAACUUGUAACCCUUUCUGUUUCUCUCUUCUUCUCCUCCUUUCUCGUUCUUGUAUGCACUGAUAAUUAAGGGCGGGUGCCCUCUGCACGUAGGGUUUACAGACUUACAAACAUAGAGUGGUCCAUAUAUGUGUAUAUAAUAAGAACACAGUGAUCAUCACAAGUUUCCAUUUUGCUGUGAUGCAUUGGUAGGACCAAAGUCCUACAGAUUUCUGUACACUUGUUGCCCUUUUGUGUAAUUGGUGUGGGGUUUUUCUGCAGAGAAUCAGGAAAGGGGGGAAAAAAGCUCAGAGAGGAGGGUUGCUUGCUUCAUGAUGAAGACCACUAUUAUCAUUCAUAUCAUCUCCCUAUUGGUCUUUGGUUUUUGGAACUGCAGUGGCAGUGCAGAGUGCAGAUCAUAGCUAGGCUUGUUUUUAAUGCAAUGCAGCUUUAUCUUCUUCUCACAUGUACGUUUCUGGGGGAUCAUUCAAUUCUUUUCUUUUUCUUCGGGAGGCCAUUGUUUCUUCUUCUUGGGAUCUAGCUAGGAAUUAUGGCAAAUAACAAGUUGUGUUUUUUUUUUUGUUUGACAAAAUAUAACAAGUUGUGUUGGUGGAUGCAUUAUUCCCCAUGUAAAUGACAUGGGUGAGAGAGUUGCAAUUCGUGUUCUAAUUAUUAAUUGCAUGCAUAUUUGUUAAGGUAUCGAUCCGCUGCAUAAUUAUAUGCUUUGAGUAGAGGUCAUGGUGAAUCGAAAUUAUUACUAGUGUGGGGUUUGGUGGAUACGUAUUAAUACUUUUGUAUGAGAUACAAAUGUCACCAUGUAUUGCUUUUAACCUGAUUACGGCUUGACAACUUUACGUAUAGGCAAAACGAUUUGUCGUCUUCAUUAAGUCAAAAUAACAUGAAUGUGUACAAGUAAACUAUAUUAGAGAGAACUGAAACAUAAUGGGUCGAAGAUAGGGCAAAAUGGAGUAGAAGUAACACUCACACCUCACCUCAUGCUACUCCCAACUGCAUCUGAAAGUUUAAAUCGAUCUCUAUGACAAUUUUUUGAUUUCUCGCUAGAAAAGUCAUAACUGACGACUUAAGUGUUUUUUUUUUAUAUUACAAGAAGGCCGAUCAAUUGACCGCGUUGCUGCCGUUGCAUGAUAAUAUAAAAAUUUCCAUAUACAUAACCCCAAACUACAUGUCAGUUUUGUUGUGGCUUACUGUUAUUGUGCUUGUUAACGUACGCACUUGCCUAACUUUCUUAACCCUAUCAAAAACCCAAAGAAGCUAGAGAGUUAAUUAGUAUAUAUAAUGUUGCAGAAUGUGAAAGCGUGAAACUUUCAUGCAAAAAUGCUACAGUAACUCUGAUCUAAUCUUUAUAUCAUCAGCUGUCCCUUUUUUUUAAUUGCGGGUCUGUAUGUAUAUAUUCCAACUUGUGUGGGGGAUAUUCAUAUAAUGCAAGCAGCAAUUUGGCAUAAUUGUGCUCAAUAAUACAACCACGAAGAGGACGGCCCACUCUGGAAAUAUCUUUUCCGUUUUGUCCAAAUGGGUCCUAUGAAAUUUAUUUCUUGCGAAAAUUCCAAUCCCAUGACAAGGCUUUUUCUUUAUUUUCUUCUUCUCGAUUUCAUUUAAUUCGAUUUAUUCAGUAUUAAUAUCAAAGUGCAUUAAUUAAAUAAUAAUAUGUCAUUUAUUUAGUUAUUAACCCCCCAUCAAAAUCACCCAACAUGUACCCUGGGAGAAUUUUUAUCUUAUGUUCAUCAUUUUACUUGUUGGGGUUUUUUUUCUUUUUUUUUUUUGAUGGACUGUCAAGGUCUUGUUGGUUAAUGAAUUUUGUGUGUAUUUUCAAUUUUGUCCAAAUGGUUUCGAUCAAUCAGUUACUCUAUUUGUGGGGAGGUCUGGUUUCUUCUUAUUAAAAUUUAUUUUGUGGUGGUGAUUGGUGAGUAGUAUCUUAAUUAGUUUUAAUUAUUUACAAAGAGGGUUACAUCAAAUGUCGUUGCUGUUGUUGUUUUUGUUGAGAAUCAUGCGAACAAAAGAGAAUUGGCAGUCGUCAAGAGACAAAAACAAAAGGAGAGCAGCGUAUAUAGGUCAUUGCAAUUUGCAAAUGCAGCAAUUCUUUUAGACUAUAAGGAAAUAAUGGUUGCUGUUUCUGUUGGCGAAAGUGAAAGUGAAAGAAUAGAUUGAUAUAUGAAUAUGAUGGAGGGCAUUAAAAUAAAAAAUAAUAAUUGUACUAGUUGUACCCUUAUCGGCCGGUUUCAUGUGAUCAUUACUCAUAUAAACAUUGCCUUCCCGUUUGGCAAAAGAUGGGUUUAUGUAUUAAUUAUUCAAUGUCAGAACAUGCAUAUAUAUAUAUACAUUAUAUAUUUAUAUUUGGACUAUGGAAAUUGGCAGCGAAUUAAUUAAGCUGUUAGAUAAGAUCAGUAUAUAAGUUGGUAUUAAUACCAUGAUUUAAAACAGGGUUAACGAAAUUUUCAUAUUAUUGGUAAUAAUAUAUGUACCAGUAAAUGAAUUAAUGGACCAUAAUUUUGACGUUUUGUGCACCACUACGUACAUGCAAGGAUGCAACAACUUCAGCCACAAAAAUAACUUGGCGUUUGUACAAAACAAUAAAAUUAACUUGGCGUGAUGGGACACUCGAAAAAGAACAAAAGGAAGAAGGAAAAAAAAUGUUUUUCUUUGGGGAUUUUUCAUGGCUCCGUACGUUAUUGGUUAGUUUUCCUUUAGGACCCAAAAGAUGGGAAUCAUAUUGGUAUGGUUUUUGUUUUCGAGCUAUAUUGAGGAAGAGGACCCUUUUUAACUUCUUUAAACUAUUAAUCUACAGUUGUAGUUAGGGCAUAUUAUUCACCCCAAAUAUACGCGGGAAGGGUUAGUGGUUAAGUCUUAAUAAUAGGUCUAUAAUAAAGAUGCUGCUAAUUCACUUCUUUUCAGUUUAUGGAUAUUGUUAUUAUUAUUACUGAGGGAAUUUUUGUUAAAUUGGCUUAAGCCAGCUUUUCUUAAUUUUUUUAGCAAAUUAAAAAAACUUGGAAACAAUUGAGAUUUCCCUUUGUCAUGCUCAAUAAAGACGAGGCGAAGACUACCGAAGAAGACAGAAUAAUUUUAUAUGUAUAAACUUAAUUAAUUAACCAAUCAACCUUUUUUUUUUAUGAAGACCAAUCAACCAUUAUUGAGGCCGAGCCUUCACUCUUACUGUGUGAAAAUUAAUAAGUAGAUAUCAAAUGGAUAAAUUAAUUACUAGUUAACUAUAUUAUGAUUAUUAUCAUUGAUUGAUUGGUGAUCCCCUCUUUGUUUUGAUUAAACUAUAUUUGAAACGUUCCUCCAAAUCAAAUACCUCCAUUAUGAUUAUGAUUCAAGAUUCAACCAACGGGGUAAACGUACGGGACCAUCCGCUUAUCUCUGCGUCAAAGCCCAAUUUAAGCAGAUAGAUAGAUAGAUAGAAAUACAUAUGGAGCUAGCUGACAUUUGGUUGAAGACAAGAAAGUGGGUUGUUAAUUUAUUGAUCAAUAACAAAUUAAUUAAUUACCCGUAUAUGAUUGAAUUUUAACUGACAUAACAUAUGGGUAUGGUUGUAUAAUGAUCUAUCUUAUCUAUAAUACGUUGAAUUAUGAGUCUCACAUAAAAAUGGGAUAGCGGGGAGUUUGACGGUAGUUUUGUAUUAAUCCCAUAGGAUAUAUGAAGUUUGAUGUAGGUUUCAUGAUUAGUUGUUGAUUUCUUUGAACGACCUGAAAUUAUUAAGAACUAUCUUUUUGGGCUCGAUGGGAAUGCUUCUGAGCGAGACUAUAAAUGUAUCAAUGUAUGAAAGAAAACGCGCGUCAUGUAAUAGCACGGCCAUGGGGUACCAUCUUAAAUUAAGGAUCGUAGUGUUGCAUAUAUAGAAUUAUGAACGUCAAAGUAGAGGAUGUGUAACCCCAAUGCUAAAUUCGUUGAGGGUCCAGGUCUAAAGCGAACAAUAUCUAUAGUGAAAAAGUUCGAGAUGUUACAGAAUGACUAUAUAAGAGUGAGUCAUGGUAAACUCUAAUAGGUUAUUCUUAUCGAACAAAGCCAAAUACAGUCGCGGUAAACAAUGUCGGAUCAUAUAUUGUGCGACUUGGUUAUCAACAUAUUUCCUCGUGACAUUGGUAAUAAGAGAGAGGGAGCUAGUAUAGUACUGGUUUAGCACCGGCUUUAAAUUAAACAGGAAAGUAGUAGUAGUAGUUCAUGAAUACAAAAAGUUGCGGGGCUGGCUAACACUUUUCUACACACGACACAUGAUCUAUGGAAUACAAAAGUGACGACACCACCAAAACGAAAUAAAAUCAUCGCCGUCCAAAAAGAAGUAAUAAAUCCUAAUGUGAUCCAUGCAUGCCAUGGAUUUUCUCUCUUUUUAUUUUACUAGAUAAUUGGCCCGCGCGUUGCGGCGGGAUUCUAUAUAAUAUUUUUUUUCUUGAUUUCUUGGAUCAUUUGUGAUAUAUAAUUUUUUAAAUGAACCUUUACAUUUGUGAUUUGCCACAUAAAUAAUUCAAACACUAAAUCAGUUAGGAGAAAGAUUAUGAGAUUAAUUGGUUGGAUGUAUUAUAGAGGCGAAAUUUGGAAAAUAAAAUGUUGAAUUAUUCAAUUAAUCGCAUAAUUUUUUGUUAAUAACUUUAAUAUGUUUGAGUAUUGCAAUCUCGAAUACUUAGAGAUAGGAAGUAUACCAAAACUCGCUCUAUAAAAGUAGGUUCCCAACUUCGAAGUGUCUUUUAAACCUUUCUUACAUAUUUUUAAGCCUGAAUACAUUAAACCAAAUGAUAUCUUUGUAAAAUAUUAAUACAUCAUCUUACAAAUACAUUGAACCAAAGCCAACAAAGUUGAUUUUGUAAAUCAAUCUAUUUUUUUAAAACCUAAAUGGCAGGAUUUGGGAGAUAAUUAUUGUUAUAAUUUAGUUAUUGAGGAAAUUAACAUGAUAGAACAUAUUAAAAGCAUGGCUCUUUAAAUUGACUUAAUUUUUUAUUAUAGAAUUAUAUGUAGUUUUCUUUAUCAGAAGUCACUUGUACAUCAUCACUCGGCUGGAUCUGAUCAACUAAAAUUGACUCCACCUAUCUUAUAAUGAAAACUGACCGACUUAGUAUCAAGUUAUGUGAUUAGUAAAUAUGCACUAUUGAAAUUGACAUAUUGUCAUUUUAAAUAACUUCUUAAAUUAAUCUAAAAGUAUAAAAUAACUUUCAUUUUUUUACAAUUUUCAUGUUAGCUAUAAAUAUAUUAUAGAAAUGUAAUGAUUUGAUACUUUGUCUAACUUGAUAUUAGCAUCCGUUGUGUGAUAAUAAAAAAUUAUGUAUUACUUAAGAUUUGGAUCGAACCAUUCUAUCAUUAUGUGUUUAAAAAUAAACCUCUGAAUAUUGUUAUUUUCUUAAUCCACAAAUCUUCUUUCUAAUCUCAUAGGCUCCCUUCCCUUUCACUACACCAAGACCCAUGACCUCUUACACGUGGAGGAGAUGAAUGACAGGUGGCAACAAAUGUCAAUCAGCCGAGCUCGAUACAUUCCUUCUCCUCUAUCUUUGUGACUGUUCUCCUUGCUUUGAUUUCUUUUAUCUGACAUCAAUAAUCCUAAACGAACUACAGAGAAUCGACCAGUUGCAUGCAAUUGGGAUCCAAAUCCCCUUUUCUCAAUGAGUGAGCAAAAGUGCUGGUUCCUUGCUUUUGAUCCCUCUCUUAUUCAUCUUCAUGUCGAAAUUAUCGGCUAAUUGUGGUUGCUUCUUCCAAUUACCCUCCGAUCCUGAUUGUGACCCUCUUAUUUUGAUUACCCAAUACCAUCGGUAACAAAAGAGAGAGCCCCAAGUUUGUUACUUCAGCACGACGGUUCUGGAUUUUGGGAUUGGGAAGCUUGUGAAUCCGCUGGGGAAUUAUUAUCCAUAAACAGUAGUCAAUUAAUUGAACAUGCAAUACGGAGGCGUACAGACGACGAUAGUGUGUCACGAAGGAAUUCUCCAGGAUGAGGUCGAGGAAUCGAUGACGCCGAAGCAGUCUUUGACUUCCCCUUCUCUCCCCUUCCUCUUCUAUAGGAUCUCCGACAAUGCAAGGAUCAACGCCAAGACGACUGUUAUACUAUCAUCGACGAUACUAUCAUCGACGAUUUUCCUAGCCGGCGGCCGGCCCCCUGCAUCCAUCUUCCGAACACAUUGGAGCUAGUCUGAAAUAGGGAAAAACACGAUCCAUCACAAACCCCACUUUCGCCAGGACGAAGAUCGGAGAAAAGCCGAGAGAGAGAGAUCGGGAGAGGGAAUAAGGCGAUCCAUCAUUGACCCCAGCUUCGCCUGGAGGUAAAGAAGGGAAGAAUCGAUGGCGGCCACUUGCCUCGCCGCCAAUCGGUCGACGGGGGGAAUCAUCGGAGUAGGUAAGAGUCGUAAAAAAAAACAUGAGUUUGGAAAAAAGAUUGCCUGGAUCGACAGUCAAUAUUGAGUCCGCAGGAGGCUUAUGGUGUACCUACCCGUAGCCCACUGGACCCCUUAAGUAAACUGGCCAAUUAAUUAUACUAAUUUUUUGGCGAGAACAUAUAAAAUUCUUUGUUUACAAGAUAUAUAGCUAGCCGUGGGGCAUGAAUAGUAAUUAUUAUUAUUAUUAUUAUUAUUAUUAUUAUUAUUAUUAUUAUUAUUAUUAUAUAAGGGUCAAAUUUCUGCUAGCCAAGUUACGUGUGACUGAAUCUUUGUUGACUUGAUGUGAACGGAAACCGUAUACUAGCUAGAUUGACAUUAGGGUUUCUGCAUGCUAUAUAUUUUUCAUUAAAAAGUUGAGAAAUAAAAGUUCCCUCUUGAUAACUUCAAAUAAUAUGGGCCAUCAUUAAAGUGGAAGGAAAUGACGGGCAUCCAAUUCUUCUAUCCACAACCUUUUGACUUCAAGCUGCCAAUGAAGACCCUCCCAAAGUCCUAAUUAAUCAAUCAAUUAGGGCAAGAAUUAUCUUUGAUCAUACUCAUUACCUAAUAAUCCAUGCAUUCAUUCUCACAUCAGAAGACUAAUAAGAGACAUCUUUCUAACAAGUAGUGGGCUUUGUUUUCAAUAUUCUAUGACUAAUAUGUUGAUCGACCACUUAAUUUUUUUGGACUUUGUACUAUCGUAUCAUUCCUUUCCAACUACAUAUAAUUUUUGCUGAAAACUGCAUUAUAUUUAUAUGAAGAUUUCAAACAAGAAGUGCAGUGAAGUGAAUGUCUUAGGUAGAGAUUAUUAGGCCAUGUUUGGUCUCAAGUCUGAACAUAGGUUACUGGACAGUGGACAGCGGUCCAACGAAAAGCCCAGCUUCUAACUCUAAACGGGCCUGCCUUAUAUGUUCGUUUGGGCCCUAGCCCUAUCGGCAGACAACAUAACGCACUCACUAGUCUCACUAAACUACACUAGAGUGACUAGACUACAUAGCAGUAGAUAACUCAAUUCAUAACCACAGAACACAAAUACCCACCAUGUUCUUGAUAAGGACAUUCAUAAGUCAUAACCACACCGCAAAGUUGCUUAGUUGAGUCCGACUAAGAGGACUGACACCGUCACCGCAAGCUCUGUCGGUUAGCCGAAAAUCGCAACCUUUUGUAUCCGUUCAGUGAGGUGGCUAGCCGAUAAUUGGUAUUAAUAGAUUUAGGGAGAGUCCUGACAGGCGACAAUGGCGGGAGCAGCUUCAGAGAGAGACUAGGCAAGCGGCAGCAGCAUAGCUUCAUGGAAAGUCCUGGCAGGCCGAAGAGGACGAGACAACGACGAGAUGAGAAGACGAUGACGGCUGACGAUGACGAAAAGUGCAGAACGAUUUGAUGAUCGGGCGAGGUCGAGAUUUGAGAAGAUGAGAAGGAUUCGCAGUCGAUAGGUAACGACAAGACAUCUCGAAGACUGACGAGAAGGCUGGAUGAAAAGAGGACGACUAGCCGAUGACGAGGUGGAGAAGAUGAGGCCAAGAUGGUUGGCUGAUGACGGGCAAUGCGACGAUUUAGGAUUCCUCGUUUUAACUUCAAUUCAACAAAUUCAGUUAAAAAUUAGCCGAAUAACCACGCUUAUCGGUUCGAUUUUGCGAUAUGUUUGACAGUCUUAGAUGUGAUUGGAAACUCGCAAGAGAUCAAUCCAAUAACGUCAACCUAAGCUA